AUGCCGCGCGGCACGGCGCCUGCCGUGGCACUGCUCGUGGGCGUCGUUACCCCGCUAAUGCAGGUGGCGCAGCUGUGCGACGCCGUGGCGGCGUGGUGGGUUUCCCAGGAGACUCAGGAGACGAGGCGUCUGCCGCUGCGCCCGGCUCCCCUUGACGUCGUCGUCGAGGGGCUGGUCUUCGUGUUGACGGCGUUAUACCUCCGGAUGGCCCUCAUCCUCGGCCACGUAGGGCCCGAGGCGGAGCCGUUCUUUUUUUCACUCGAGGCACGGCUCGUCGUCUGCGUCGCCACCUCCCUCGCCACUGUGACCGCUGGCCUGGCGAAGUGGGACGGCACGGUAUCCCUCAAGCUGUCCCAGGACAUGUACGGUUGGCCUGGCAGGCGGACCUCGAGAGGCAUCCGAACCUGGGGCCUCCUCUUGGCACAUCUCGCCUUCCGCGCGAGCGAGGUGGCGGGAAAGUCGGCGCUGCUGGCCGCUCUGGCCGCGCUGCUCGGCCUCCGCUUCCUGUCGGGGUACUUGCUGAUCACCUACGCGGCCGGCAUCGCCGUGCUGAUCUUGUCAUCUCCCAACGAGGCGCGCGUCGGGCACCUCUUCGCGGCGGCGGUGCUGGCCUGGCCGCUGCUCUUUGCAAACCUGCCGCAGUUUGUGGACUCCCCACAGCAUGCCGUCGCGGCACAGAACGCGGCCUGCCUCGUGUGCGGCCUACGGGCCAUCGAGCUUGCCAUGGUCCUCAGCGCCGCCACCGCCAGCUUCCUCCUGGAAGAGGAGGCGACCGCGAUUCAGUCUCCCGCUGGGCCCCUGGCUGGAGUGACCACCGAGUGGCGGACCUUGUACCAGAGGAGGGCGACGCUGGGCUGGGCGAUGGAGGAGAAGGACUUCUGGCCGCCAGCCCUCGGCCUCGCGCACCUGCUUCUCGUGGCGGCCUGCGAGCGGGCCCCUCCGGUGUGGUCGCUGGUGGCCGCCGCUGGCGGCUCUGGGCUGGCGCCCAGUGGCGCCGACAGGCAGCUGCGGAUGGAGGACUUCGAGACGCUCGGCUUGAUCGGCCAGGGGGAGUUCGGCAAGGUUUUCCAGGUGCGCCUGCGUGCCACGCAGGAGAUAUUCGCCAUGAAGCUGCUGUCGAAGGAGUUCUACCUUCGGAGGCGAAUGGCGGACACGGCGAUCCGAGAGACGGCCAUGCUACAUUUUGCCAGGGACCACCCUUUUGUGGUGAAGCUGGUCCACACCUUCGAGAAUGUACGGGAUUGGGUCAUGGUCAUGGAGUACUGUCCGAACGGAGACCUUCAGCAGCUGCUCGUCAACGAGGGGUCCCCUGGACUUACGCUGAGCCGGACCCUGAAGAUCUCGUCGGAGGCGGAGCGGGCUGGCGGGGUCUACGCCGCGUUCACCAAGACGUUCUGCGGCUCCUUCGGCUACGCAGCCCCCGAGGUGAACCCGAGGCGGGAGGUGCACGGGUUCGCGGCGGACAUGUAUUCCUUCGGCGUACUGCUGCUGAUGCUGCUGAUGGGCGGCGAGGUAUACCACAACAGCCGGGAGGCGCCCUACGAGCGAAGGCUGCCCCCAGAGACGGCCAGCGACCUUCGCGCAGUGGUCUCGAGCCUGGCUUUCGACUUCUACUGGGCCUCCCACCGCCUCCUCCAGCCCACGCGUGCGUCUCACCGGCUCGAGGUCAACUUGCACGGCAACACGGUCUUGUUCUCGCGGGCCCCGCGCGGCGUGCGCCGGCAGGCGCGGCCGCAGCGGCCACCAAACUCCCCGAGGGUGGGGCGCCGCGGCCCCGACGCCGCCAUGCCCUCGAGCAGAGCGCCCGCUCGCUUCCCAGACUCCGCGCUGGAGAGCAGCGAGGCGGAGCGGCGACAGUGGGAGCGGGCGCUGGACCUCGUGCGCUUGCUUACUCACGAGCUGCCGGAGCAGCGCGGCACUGUUGCGGGCGUGAAGCACCAUGCCUUCUUCGCGGAGGAGAUACUGGACUGGCGCACGGUCUACCCGAGGAGUUGGCUGAUUGAGCGCCUGAAGAAGUCUCUGUUGACCCUCUACGACGGCGGCCCGCUGCCCAGCUACAUGAAGCAGCGGCUGGAGCAGCUCUCCGUGGAGGAGCUGAUUACGCUGCAGGACGACCCUGCCCGCAGCGUGGAGCUGCUGGACCCGGACCUGAAGACCACGGGCCUGUCUCCUCGCGGGCCGCCGCCGCCAGGCCCGUUGUUUGCGGGCGCCGCCGUGGAAGGCGACAGCGCCAUGCGCGAGGGUGCCCCCGGUUACCUGUGA